CCCCAUUGAGUUCUCACUGGGGCCCACUCAGCACGGUGAUGGGGGCGGGUGGUGGGGCCAGGCUGAGAGCCUCCAUCAUCAGGCAUGUGGACCAGAGGAGGCUGCCCAGCCUCUCUCCACAUGUCCUCAGCUUCCUUCCUCCGCCUUUGUGCUGUGGAAUAAGAAAGGAAAUUGAGGGAUGCAUGAAGGAGACCCGAGUCCUAGCCAAAGGAGAGGGAAAGGCUGGUGGCAGUUUCCUCCUGCCCACUUUCCCUGCUGUGUCCUCGCCUACCCCCAGCGGCCAAAACUGCCUGUGUGCCCACCGAGGCUGGGCACGGGGGACGUGGGAGAGGGCCGGCUGUGACCACGCCCCAGUGCAGCAGGUUGGGGGGCCUUGGCAGAGGAGGGCACUGCCCAGCUCAGCCAGCAGAGGGACGCCCCUUCCUUGGGACCGCCUCGCUCUUCUGAGGAUAGGAGACACUGGAUGCCAGGGCACCGCCAGAUGUGGCCACGAGGGGGUGGUACUGCCAUGGCCGCAGCUCUACUGUCAGCGCCUGAGCUGCAGGGAGGAAGUCCACCCCCACUCGGGGUCAGUGGGCAUGGGGGGGGUGGUGCCCAGAGGGUGCCACAGGUGUGUCUCUGCAGCCUUGCCUCUGCUUAUGGGCAUGGAGCCGGGCCCCACAUAUUUCUGGCUGUAGCUUUGUGUGUGGUUUUGGAAGUGGCUGAACACACAGCUAUAUCUCUCCCUGCCUAUGCGCAGGCUCGGGGGCCUGCCCGUGUGCCCACCUUUGUUCAGAUGGGUCUUCUGGUGCUGCCCUUGGUGCGUCCUGUGACUCUUAGGGCUGCAGUCUAAGGGUGCACAGGCUUCCCUGGGUGAUCUUAGUUUUUCACAUGUCCACUAGUGGAAAAAAAUGCACUGAAAUAUUUGCUUGUCUUCAGUUUUUGACUUUUUGUCGUCGGAAGAGUUGGUGAAGAUUAACGACAGCAGUCCUGCUGUAUGUCAGCCUUGGCUGCCCCUUCCUGGAGAAUGACUGCUCGGGCAUUCCCCGAGGGUGCUGGGCUCAAUCUCAGUCUUGCCGGGGGAGAAAUACAUCUGCUGGAGAGGCAGGCCCGAACUCGAGAUGCUGCAAGCCGGCAGCUCCAUCCACCGGACACUGUUGACAGAACACCUCCCGCGUGGUGCCGUGCUGUGCUCGUGACAUGCCAGGAGCAAAAACAGAUACAAUUUCUUAAACAUUGCCGGAACUGCCGGCCUCAGCGGGAAUGUGGGACCCAGAUGUGAUCUGAGUCGCAUCAAGGAGCUUCCUGAUGGUGGAACACGGAGUGAGAGUCACCUAUUGGUGUAAGAACCAGGAGGUGUGCUUCCAGAACUUGCUGCGUGUCUGUGCAGUCACUUGGAAUUCAGGUUCUUUGCUUCGCAGUUGCAGAAGACGCCAUGCACUCCUUCUCCAAGCAGGGCUUGUUGUAGGGCUCAAAGGAGACUGGGAAACCAAGGCUGACCCUUGCCUAGCUGUUGUGACUGAUACAUGAUAGAGGAGGAGAAGAAACUCAGGUCUGUCUGGUCCCAAUCCUGGGUCCUCUCUACAUUGCUUCUUGAGGUACGCUCUGGGUGCUUUCUCUAGGAAAAUCCCAAGGAGAAGGGUUGUGAAGGUCCAGGGCCUUGCCUAGAAGCCACAGAGGGCAGGUACUUGGUGGAAAACUCCAGCGUGUGAUUCACCCUCCUCCCUUGCCCUCGUCAGUGAGGUCACCUCCCCUCCCAAGGUUCUCAGUUUACAGCCUGGAGUCUCUGGUAAGAGAGGGCUGUCCCCUGUGCUGCACAUACCCGUCUCCUCAUCCCUGGGAAGGAGAUGGUUCUGGAGGGGGAUAGGGGAAAAGGGGGAAGGGGGAAGGGCAAGGAGCAGGAGGAGGGGAGAUGAGGUCAGGGUGUCCCGGCUCUCUUGGCUUUCCCAUAAGCAGCUGCCUUGGGACUCUCCUGGAGACCUGAUGCCCACAGCCAAGCUGACCACAGGAGCCGGUGCUGGGGACUGAGGGAAACUUAGAGUUCAGAGAGGGGGUGUGAUUUGCCUGAGGUCACACAGCAAGUUAGAGACCCAGCUCCACGACUCAUUGUCUUGGCUUUGGCCCUCGUCAUCCUGCCCACCCAGCGGGGCCUCCCAACCCACCACACAGCCAUGGACGGGAAGGUGGCAGUGCACGAGCAUGGGCCUCCUGCGGUCUCCUGGGUCCCCGAGGAGGGAGAGAAGUUGGACCAGGAAGAUGAGGACCAGGUGAAGGAUCGGGGCCAAUGGACCAACAAGAUGGAGUUUGUGCUGUCAGUGGCCGGGGAGAUCAUUGGGCUGGGCAAUGUCUGGAGGUUUCCCUAUCUCUGCUACAAAAACGGAGGUGGAGCCUUCUUCAUCCCCUACUUCAUCUUCUUCUUUGCCUGCGGCAUCCCGGUGUUCUUCCUGGAGGUGGCGUUGGGCCAAUACACCAGCCAAGGGAGUGUCACAGCCUGGAGGAAGAUCUGCCCCCUCUUCCAGGGCAUUGGUCUGGCGUCUGUGGUCAUCGAGUCAUAUUUGAAUGUCUACUACAUCAUCAUCCUUGCCUGGGCUCUCUUCUACCUGUUCAGCUCCUUCACCUCUGAGCUGCCCUGGACGACCUGCAACAACUUUUGGAACACAGAGCAUUGCAUGGACUUUCUGAACCACUCAGGAGCCGGCACAGUGACCCCAUCUGAGAAUGUUACCUCACCUGUCAUGGAAUUCUGGGAGAGACGAGUGCUGGGCAUCACCUCGGGCAUCCAUGACCUGGGCGCUCUGCGCUGGGAGCUGGCCCUGUGCCUCCUGCUCGCCUGGGUCAUCUGCUAUUUCUGCAUCUGGAAGGGGGUCAAGUCCACAGGCAAGGUGGUUUAUUUCACAGCCACGUUUCCGUACCUGAUGCUUGUCAUUUUGCUGAUCAGAGGUGUCACCCUUCCCGGAGCCUACCAGGGCAUCAUCUACUACUUGAAGCCAGAUUUGUUCCGCCUCAAGGACCCUCAGGUGUGGAUGGAUGCGGGCACCCAGAUCUUCUUCUCCUUUGCCAUCUGCCAGGGGUGCCUGACAGCCCUGGGCAGCUACAACAAGUACCACAACAACUGCUACAAGGACUGCAUCGCCCUCUGCUUCCUGAACAGUGCCACCAGCUUUGUGGCUGGGUUUGUUGUCUUCUCCAUCCUGGGCUUCAUGUCCCAAGAGCAAGGGGUGCCCAUUUCUGAAGUGGCCGAGUCAGGUCCUGGGCUGGCCUUCAUCGCCUUCCCCAAGGCUGUGACUAUGAUGCCCUUAUCCCAGCUGUGGUCCUGCCUGUUCUUUAUCAUGCUCAUAUUCCUAGGGCUGGACAGCCAGUUUGUCUGUGUGGAGUGCCUGGUGACAGCCUCCAUAGACAUGUUCCCCAGGCAGCUCCGGAAAAGCGGGCGGCGCGAGCUCCUCAUCCUCACCAUCGCCAUCAUGUGCUACCUGAUAGGGCUCUUCCUGGUCACCGAGGGCGGGAUGUACAUCUUCCAGCUGUUCGACUACUAUGCUUCCAGUGGCAUAUGCCUGCUGUUCCUGUCAGUGUUUGAAGUGGUCUGCAUCAGCUGGGUGUAUGGGGCGGACCGUUUCUAUGACAACAUUGAGGACAUGAUUGGCUACCGGCCAUGGCCCCUGGUGAAGAUCUCCUGGCUCUUCCUGACCCCUGGACUUUGCCUGGCCACUUUCCUCUUCUCCUUGAGCAAGUACACCCCCCUCAAGUACAACAACGUCUAUGUGUACCCGCCCUGGGGAUACUCCAUUGGCUGGUUCCUGGCUCUGUCCUCCAUGGUCUGUGUCCCACUCUUCGUUGUCAUCACCCUCCUGAAGACUCAGGGUCCUUUCAGGAAGCGCCUGCGCCAGCUCAUUACCCCUGACUCCAGUCUGCCACAGCCCAAGCAACAUCCCUGCUUGGAUGGCAGUGCUGGCCGGAACUUUGGGCCCUCCCCAACAAAGGAAGGACUGAUAGCCGGGGAGAAGGAGACCCAUUUGUAGGGUGUGGCCAGAGGCCAGGCGGCUCCUAAGCCGGGAACCUAGGUCAGGGCCACCCUCCAUUCUCAGCGGACAGCCUCUGCCUCUGUCUCCUGCCACAAUCCUGCUGGGAACCUCUGGAGAGCCACAGGCACCCCCAGCUGGAGGCCAGACUCCUCUCUUGUGCUAGCUGGAGCAGCUCCUUCCCCUUUGCUGAUAACACCACCACUGGGACGUGCCAUGUUGGGACGCCACUCCCUGUGGGAAGGCACCAUCAUUUUUAUAAAGGGGGGUCUUUUUGGAGGCCGCCAUCUGAUUGUAACACCUCGAGUUAUGAGGAUUCCACUGUGGGGAUGCCUCCUGUUAGAGCGUACUGCAUUUGUACACGGGGAGAGGAGCUAUAAUUGGAACGCACACUGCCGUCCAAUGUGGAGAGCCUGAUGGGACAAUACCCUGUUGGAAGUGACACCUGAACACACUGUGUUGGAUCGGAGGUUCCGUUAGGGGAUCCUUCCUUAGGCUUAACGACAGAGGCAAGCCUUCGCAUGCCGUCAGUCUGGAGUUUCCUCCGAGUCUCUCAUGGCAUCUCCAGCUCCCGCCCUAGUUCCGCACUGUUCUUGCAGUGUUUCAUCAACUCCUGGAGCGUUGGAAUGGAAGGGGCUUGGGAGAUGAUUCCUAGACUUCACAAACACUCGGCAUGCCUCCCUGCACUGUCCGUUCCUCUGCCCAAGGCCGAUAUUGCUAACUGAUCACAGAUUCUUUCCCACCUCACAAUCCUUCCGAAUGUGCUCCAGGCAGCACCAUUUGCCAUCCUGCUUCUAACGCAAACCCCUGACUUCAUGGAUGAGGAACCUGGAGACCAAAGAGACAAAGGGACUUUUUCAAGUUCACAUGGGGACCCCCUUCUUGGGGGCCAGAGAUAUGACUAAAACCUUAUCUCCUUGUGCUCAGGCCAGUGUCUUCCCAUUAACCCCGUGCCUUAGUUAACAAGUGUGUAUGGAUUGCCUUC